AUGGUCCUUCGCUGGCGAUGUUCGCCACUGCUGCUCCUGAGCUUGCUGCUUCAGUCCUUCGUCUCUGCUGAUCACUCCUUUGAGAAUACCGCUGUUGUACGGACAGUCGAGGUGGCCGGCUCGCUCGUCCAGGUCACCACGACGUUUGCAGUGAAAGCACUGGAAGGCGAUGCCUCAGAAUAUACUAUCGCCCUGGGGGAGCGUGAACACGAGAGGACAAGCUGGCUAGAAGCCAAGAUAAAGGGUCAGGCCGCUAUUUUGCCCUUGUUCGAGGGCGGCUAUGAUCCCGAGAUCGGAGUGCAUUUCUACACCGUUGCGUUGCCACACGCAAUGAAGAUCAACGAGACCGCCAACCUUGUCGUCGAGACGGUUGAGACGCAUGCAACGUACCCUUGGCCGGAGCAGGCAUCACAGAAGGACCCGCAGUCGUUAAAGUACGAAACGGAUCUUUUCGUAGUCAGUCCGUACAAGACGUUGGUAGAGCGUAUCAAAUUUAGGACUCCCACUCCCAAUAUCCAUUCUUACACUAAUCCCCCCGGCCUUGACGACUUCACCGUUGAAAUACCCGUGACAAAAUCUGGCGCGACGAUCACAUAUGGUCCCUUUAAUAACAUCCCGAUCACUUCUGCGAAGGAAUUCCUUGACGCGAAGCAGGAGCACGUCGCGGUACACUACGCCUACGACAGUCCUCUAGUUGAGGUCAUGAAGCUCAAGAGGUCGGCCGAGAUUAGUCACUGGGGCGCAAACUUGAACAUUGAAGAUACGUUUCACCUGCGCAAUGCGGGCCCCGCGUUGAAGGGGCACUUCUCGCGUCUGGAACACCAGUCCACGAUGUUCUACGGACGUCCGCCGCCGCAUGUGCUUCCUUCCCUGACUGUUCAGCUGCCAGCAGGCAUCCACUCUCCCUACUACUAUGACCUAAUCGGAAAUGUUUCUACUUCCCAUUUACGUACUUCGCCCUCGCAGGGAAAGAACGGUCGCAGCCAGCCGAGCUUGCUCGAGCUUCGACCGCGCUACCCGCUUAUGGGAGGAUGGAACUACACUUUCACAUUAGGUUGGGAUUCCCCGCUUGCGGAUUAUUCCAGCUAUGAGAAGGCCACUGGCAAGUACAUCGUCGGUAUUCCACUUAUGACGAUGAUUCCCGGCGCGGUGGUGGAUGAAGCAGAAAUCAACAUCAUCCUGCCCGAAGCGGCGACUGACGUUGAUUAUUAUCCUCCGUUCGUACCGACCGAGAGCGGUAUCACCACACAUGUUACAUAUCUUGAUACGGUUGGGCGGCCUGCAAUAGUCUUGAGGUAUGGGCGGCUCACUCAUAAACAUGCUGGCGUCAUAUAUGUGACAUACAAAGUGCCGGUCACGGCGCACUUGAAGAAACCUCUGGCUGUUGCUACCGCCUUCAUGGGUCUAUUUGCUCUUGGUUUCUUAGCGAAGCGGCUGGAUAUCAGUAUCCAGAAAAAGUAA